AUGCCUCCUCGGAGCCAGCGCCACCUCCUGAGCCCCCAGCCUCAGCCCAGGCAUAGCCCGCAGUGGGGGGGACCGGAUUGGGAAAAUAACAAAUGGAGGCGGCGGCGGCGGGAGGGGGAACUGGGAGGAGUGGGGGUGGGGAGCCGCAGGCCGGAACCCGGGCGGGCCGGAACCCCGGGGGUCUCCGAGCCCGGGCGGCAGCAGAUCUUACCUGGUGGUAGCUCGGGACGGCUGGCUGGCUGGCUCCGAGCGGGAUUCCGGGAUCUGGCGCCUCUGGGGGGCGGCGGCCGCUCCCCCGCCCCCCUCUCCUCCUCCCGGCUUCAGUCGCCGCCGCGACGGCGGCGGCGGCGGCCCCGACCCCCCCAAAGGGCGGCCCCCAUCCCCCCUUUUCCCCCACCCGGCCCCGAUUGCCCGCCGGCCCCCGAAGCAAAUCCCGAUCCCCGCUCUCGCUUCCCCCCUCCCCGGCCCGCCGCCUCCCCCCACCCCCGAGCCGCCCGGAACGCCCCGGGCCGCGCCGCCCGCCCCCGCCGCGCCGCUCGCCCCGCGGCCCGACCGGCCCUCCGCGCGGCUCUGACCCGCCGCCACCCGCGCCCGCCUCGCGCAGCCCGCACUCGCGCGAUCCCGGCCCCGAGGCGGCCUCGCCCGCGGCCCCCGCCCCUUUGCGGGCGGUCGCCUCCCUCGCCCCCUCCUAGACCCUCCUCCAGGCCAGCAGUUCCCCCUAAAUGA